CCGGCGGGCCGUUUGAACGCCGCGGGCGCGAGUCGGUCCUCGCCCCGAAGGCAGCACACGAUGGCUGCUGCGCCUGAGCUCGGGCUGCCUGGGAGCGGCCGCGCCCCCGCCGUGGAGGAGCAGCGGGCCCGGUGGGAGAGGAAGCGCUGCCGGGUAGCCAGGGAGCUCCUGGAAACCGAGCAGAGAUACCUGGAGCAGCUGGAGCUGGUGGCCACUUUCGUGACCAUCCUGAAGGCCAAGGAGACCCUGAAGCCAGCUGUUGUGGAAGCCCUCUUUGGACCCCUGGAGUCUAUCCGCUCUGCCAGCAGGACACUAGUUCUUCAUCUGGAAAGAGGCCACUUGGGUCUGGGACUGGACAGCUUCUCUCACCAGUUGGUUCUCUACAGCCACUAUGCUGAGAACUUUGCAGAGGCGAAGAAAAUCUUGCAGAAGCAAGUGAGGGAGAACCGAUCCUUUGCCCGCUUCAAGAAGCUUCAAGAGACGCGUCCAGAGUUCAGGGGCUGCCGGCUGGAAGAUCUGCUCCCUCUGCCCCUGCAGAGGCUCUCGCAGUUCAGGCACUUGCUGGAAGGCCUAGUGGAGAACACCUUUCCGGAAAGUCCUGAUUUUGAGCAGCUCACAGGGAGUUUAAAGUCUGUCUCCAAGGUGUUUCAUCAAGUCCAAAAAAUAUCUCACUUUCAUCAGAACUCCUGCCAGAUGAGUCGGGUUCAGAAACUGCUCAAAGGACAGAAGAUUCAGUUGUUAUCUCCAGGCCGCUGGUACCUGCAGGAAGGGUGGCUGAUGGUGGUACCCCCCAAGGGGGAGGAAGUGCAGCGAAGGAUGUUCUUUCUCUUCUCUGACAUCUUGUUGGUGACGAAGCCUUGCCAUCCACUGCACCCUUGGAAUUCACACAAGUUUGCUUGCCAGGCUGUCUACCCACUCAGUCAGUGCACAGUGAGGAAGGUUUUUGGCCACACCCAGAGUCACGGAGGGCUGCUCAGUCUGUCCUUCCCACACAAGAAGCUGCUGCUGCUGUCCUGUGAUCAGGAGGAUUUUAACAAGUGGCAUCAAAAGCUGGUGACUGCCAUCAGACAGCUAGAGAUCAACCCCGCUACAAGUUGUUAAGGGGAUGACCUGCACAAGCUCCCUCCCCCACCAGGAAACAAGCACAGCUGCCCAGAGAGCAGCCAAGAGCCCUCCCUUGACAGCCACUCGAUCAGUGUGGAAACUCUUGCAAGAGCCUGUCCUGACCUUCUUCACAAACCCCGGGCCCGGGUACCACUUGGCCGGUGACCAGUCUGGUGUUGUUUGCUUUGAGUUCCCUCAACAUGGAGAGACCAGCAGAGUGUCAGGAACUGGUACUUUCCGUGCUACAUCUGCUUGAGCUGACAGUUGUGACAAAGCUCUGCAUCUUUAACCUGCCCAGAGGUAUCACGGGAGGCUUAGCCUGAUGGAAACCUGAGAAGGCCCAUAGAAGACUAUAAGCGUAAGCACAGAAACAGCCACCUGUCUUGGAUAAGCCAGAAAAUGGCUGAUGAAGUUUGAAGUGUGAUACACUGCUAAGACUGCCUGUGGUGGAAGCUCCCCUGUGUAAGAGGGAGAGGAAAGCAGUCUUUGAGCUUCUUAUGUAAAUGGUUUUACUUGUUCCUUAGUCUUGUGGAGUGUGUGGGCUUUUAUCUGCAUUUCAGU